AUGUUCGUCCAGUUAUGAAAAAUUUGAUAACUAUGAUAUUCGACAGGGAUGUGGUGGGCGUGUUUGCUUCUACCGCAGUUGGACAUUGCCAAACGUAUUCGCGCGGUAAUUCGAGUUAUACAUCUGGGAAAGUCAGAUCAAAUUUGAUACGGUAAACUGCGGAUAGCCCCUUUCUGUUGACUCUGACCUUAGCGGAUUUACGGUCUGUCCACCCAGUUUAGUCAACAGUACUUCGCUCUUGCCAAGUGUUCGAUAUACUCGCGGUGGUAAAUAGCAUCGUACAUGCGUGGUACUCUUAGUGGUUCUCAGGGAUCAGUUGAAUCAUAGACGUAUUUGGAUGAGCUGAAUAUUGAACAGUGUUUGUUAGAUUGAAACUUGGCGUGUUCCGCGAUCAAAAUGAAAAUUCAGAUAUGCGCUGGAAAACAGAGUCCGCCGUUGGCAGCACUGCUAACAGCUGAGUUUGUGAAGUCGGAUAUUCAAGUCGAUGUUGAAUGGCAGAAUGGAGCCGAGUCCUUCGCGCGUUUGUCACCUGACGCCGCAGUGUCUGGAGAAAGCUCGAUAUGUCGACUUUUGGCUCGGCUGGCACCCCAGCGAAUGCUAUUUGGUUGCCAACCUCUCGAACAAGCACAGAUCGAUCACUGGCUUACAGCGACGAACAUAGAUAUUAGUAAGCUGGACGAAUUGUUGGCACGAAGCACCUAUCUUUUGCCGGCUUCGCAUCCAACAAUUGCCGAUUUCUGCGUUCUUGCACAGCUGAUACGGCGUCCCGUUGAAGCGGGAACCAACAUUCAACGCUGGUGGGACCAUCUCUUCACGAUGAAGAAAAUUUCUGACUGCGUUGCGUCAGUCGAAAAGAUAGCUCCUAUCAAAGAGAAAUCACCAGACAAGGAGAAGGUAAGGAAUACUGCUAAACUGGAUCGCGGCAAGUUUGUCGAUUUACCUGGUGCCGAGAUGGGAAAAGUUGUGGUACGAUUUCCCCCAGAAGCAUCAGGCUAUCUACACAUAGGUCAUGCCAAGGCCGCUCUACUUAAUCAACAUUACCAGCUGGCCUUUAAUGGCAAACUUGUGCUACGAUUUGAUGAUACGAACCCUGACAAGGAGAAGGAAGACUUCGAACAUGUGAUCCUUGAGGACGUGGCAAUGCUUGGUAUCAAGCCCGACAUAUACACAUUCACCUCAGACAGUUUUCCGCUUAUUCAAGAUAUGUGCGAAAGGUUGUUGCGUCAGGGAGACGCUUACGUUGACGACACCGAUGCUGAGACGAUGAAGAAGGAGCGCGAAGCCCGACAGGAGUCGAAGCAUCGGAAUAAUUCCGUUAAGAAAAACCUUCAGAUGUGGGAAGAAAUGGUGAAAGGAACGGAUUAUGGUCUCAUGUGUUGCGUAAGGGCUAAAAUCGACAUGAACUCGAACAACGGGUGUAUGCGUGAUCCAACCAUCUACCGCUGUAAAAUUGCCGCUCAUCCUCGGCAGGGUAACAGGUACAAAGUAUACCCGACCUACGAUUUCGCUUGUCCCAUUGUUGAUUCGAUCGAGGGAAUCACCCACGCUUUAAGGACGACCGAGUAUCACGAUCGUGACGAGCAGUUUUAUUGGGUUAUUAACAAAUUGGGUCUGCGAAAACCUUUCAUCUACGAAUAUGCAAGGUUGAAUCUGAUGAAUACAGUCCUUUCAAAGAGAAAGCUAACGUUUUUCGUCGACCAAGGUGUGGUUACGGGAUGGGACGAUCCUCGAAUGCCAACCGUGCGUGGCAUAUUGCGACGAGGUUUGACUGUCGAGGGACUUAAGGAGUUCAUUUUGGCACAAGGAUCUUCGAAAUCAGUUGUGAUUAUGGAAUGGGACAAACUAUGGGCCUUCAACAAAAAGCGUAUAGAAGCUUCUUCGAAGAGGUUUUACGCUGUUGAAGCCGAUGGAAUGGUUGAAGUUCAUAUCGACGGUCUUGACAAAAGCGACAUCGAAAUUGCGUGGCACCCGAAGGAUCCAGAUAUGGGAACCAAAAAGCUCGUUGUGGAUAGGGUUCUUCUUGUGGAUAAGGCUGACGCUGAACAGAUGAAAGCCGAAGAUACGGUUACGUUUAUGAGCAUUGGAAACGUCAAAAUCACUGAGGCGCUAAGGAACGGUCAAAUAAAGGCAAAGGCUGAUCUGGAAAACAAAGACUUUAAGAAGACACUUAAGGUCAGCUGGAUUGCAAAGGCAGCCGCGAAUGUCCGUCUAGCGGUUUAUUAUAUGGACAACAUCAUCUCAAAGCCGGUACUUUCUCCAGAUGACGAUUUCAAAAAAUAUAUUCGUAAGGUGUCGAUGGUCGACGUGUCGAUGUUAGGUGAAAGUAAUAUGUCUUCUAUUAAGAAGGGAGACAUCAUUCAGAUCCAACGCAAGGGGUUCUUUAUUUGCGACUCAAUAGGCGACUCGAACGCAGAGGCUAACACUGAUCCUCAACCUCCCAUGACUCUCAUCUAUGUCCCCGACGGAGGCAAAAAUCUGGCAGCUUUGCCUUCGAAAGCUCGAGAUUUGUACGAGGGAAAACUCGAGAAAUCAGAACAUUUGUCCCACUUAGCUGGCCAAGCCAAGCCGGCUGUGAUUUCCGCGAAUGUUACAGACGAAAAUGGUACGUUCCUAUGGGACGCAGUUGCUGCUCAAGGGGAUAAGGUCCGACAGAUGAAAGCUGAGAAAGCAGAUAAGCUCGCUGUAACGUCUGAGGUGAAAGUAUUGCUAGCACUCAAAGAAAAAUAUAAGGCUGCCACAGGAGUAAAUUGGGACCCGAAAAACAAACCGGAGACAGCAGCUAGCACCGGCCCCUUGCCGGCAUCAGUGGCUACCUUCGAAGAAACAAACGAUACCUUGAAACUUUGGGAAUCCGUAGAAGUUCUAGAAGGCAAGGUUCGCGACAUGAAGUUAUUUAAGGAUGCUUCAAAUGAUGCGAUUAAGGCUGAAAUAGAUGUCCUACUUAAAUUAAAGAAGGAUUUCAAAGCGAUAACUGGAGUUGAAUGGAGUCGUGAUCAGAGGCCUCAGUCAGCCCCAUCACCACCGGCCAAUACGUCGGAAACUGGUGUUAGCAACAACGGAGUUGAUAUUGGCAAACAGAUUAAAGAUCAGGGGGACAAGAUUCGUCAGUUGAAAGCAGCGAAAGCUGCAAAAGAAAUUAUUACAUCAGAGGUGAAUCUAUUGCUGGACCUGAAGGAAAAAUUUAAGAAGGCAACAGGUGCUGAGUGGAGUCCCAACGUUGUGGUUACGAUGGCUCUUGCUUCGACAGAACAACCAUCGAAGGCUGAUAAUCUUUCAAGUAAAAUUGUUACUCAAGGAGACAAGGUUCGUCAGCUUAAAGCAGCUAAAGCGGCAAAAGACGUUGUGCAGGCAGAGGUGGAGAUUCUGCUUUCAUUGAAGGCAGCAUACAAGGAUUUAACAGGCGCCGAGUGGAAGUCUCCCAGCGUAAACAGUCAAAUUUCAACCCCAGCUGCUACUCAAACGCCAAGUGCCACCGCAGGUAACAUUAGUAAAGGCGAUUCAAUUGAGAAUAAAAUCAAAUUGCAGGCAGCGGGCGAAGCGAUCGGCUCCCCUAAAAUCACCAAAGCCUCAAUGCAGAACCUGCAGCCAGAGGUCGGUCAGCUUUUGGAACUCAAAGAAAAGUCUAAGGAGAAGACGGGUGGAGACUACGUUGCGGUGGGUAAAGCUGCUCAGGGAUCAUCAGGUAAGCCCUCUGGCAGCAAACCAGAGAAGCAGCAGGCCCUACAAACCCAAGCUAAUGAAAUGGAAGAUGGAUCCAAAAAAAGAACACGGUUGGGACUUGAAGCGAGGAAGGAAGAAAACCUUUCUGAUUGGUAUUCUCAGAUUAUCACCAAAUCCGAAAUGAUUGAGUACUAUGACGUCUCAGGGUGCUAUGUUCUCCGCCCAAUGGCCUAUGGAAUCUGGCAACGCAUACAGGAGUUCUUCGACGCUAAAAUUAAAGAAAUUGGUGUAGAAAACUGUUACUUUCCUAUGUUUGUAUCUAGUAAGGCGCUGGAAAGAGAAAAGUCUCAUAUUGCCGACUUUUCUCCGGAGGUAGCUUGGGUGACGAAAUCUGGAUCUUCGGAUCUAAUCGAACCGAUUGCCAUUCGGCCAACAUCGGAAACUGUAAUGUAUCCAUCCUAUGCCAAAUGGAUUAAGUCCCAUCGCGAUCUGCCACUGAAGUUAAACCAAUGGUGCAACGUGGUUCGGUGGGAGUUCAAGAACCCCCAACCGUUCUUGCGAACCAGAGAGUUCCUCUGGCAGGAGGGUCACACUGCAUUCUCAAACUCCACUGACGCAAUGGAAGAGGUACAUCAGAUUUUAGGUUUUUACACCGAGGUAUACGAAAAGCUGUUAGCCAUCCCUGUGAUUCGUGGCAAGAAAACAGAAAAGGAGAAGUUCGCUGGUGGAUUCCUUACCACUACCGUUGAAGCGUUUGUUCCUGCCAGUGGUCGCGGUAUUCAAGGUGCUACAUCCCAUCAUCUGGGCCAGAACUUCUCGAAAAUCUUCGAUAUUGUCUAUGAGGACCCAGACACGCGUGAGAAACGAUACGUAUACCAAAAUUCUUGGGGCAUUACGACACGAACCAUUGGCGUAAUGGUCAUGGUGCACGGUGACAAUAAAGGUUUGGUUGUCCCGCCUCGAGUAUCGCAGUAUCAGGCGGUGGUGAUACCUUGUGGUAUCACAGCAAGUCUUUCAGAGGCCGACGCAAAGAAGAUUACUGACCGGUGCCAAGAGUUGACUGAUGAACUCCAAAAGAGAGGAGUCCGAGUUCAUUUGGACAGCCGAGAAAAUUAUUCGCCUGGUUGGAAAUUCAACCACUGGGAGCUUAAGGGGGUGCCAAUUCGUAUUGAAAUUGGCCCCAAGGAUGUGGCUAACGCCCAGUUUGUCGCCGUACGUCGCGAUAAGUCAACGAAAUGUACGCUGAAGACAGCCGAUGAAAUUAUUCAGCUACUGGACACAAUUCAAUCUGACAUGUUUACUAACGCGAAAAAAGAAAUGGAUGGGCGUAUUAAACAAGUAUAUAACAUGGAUGACUUCGUUAAGUUUCUCGAAGCAAAAUGUCUGCUAUGUACUCCGUUCUGUGAAACAGAAGCCUGCGAGGAUGAGAUAAAAAAGAUGUCGACGCGCGAAGAAGUCGAACCGGGAACUCCUGCUAUGGGCGCCAAAUCCUUAUGCAUCCCUUUUGAACAGCCGAUGGAAAUCACCGAUAGAGAUAAGUGUGUAAGGUCAGAUUGUCCAAACAAACCAAAAUCCUACACUAUUUUUGGUAGAAGCUAUUAAUGGUUCAACCCUGUGUGUUCUAUGUAAACAUUUUGUCAAGAAAAGGAAGGGAUAUUAUAGCUAUGGAAGAACUGCAUAUGCCAGAUUUUGUAGCUAUGAUAAAACAAUAAUUAAAAAUGUAUGUCCUUUGGUA